AUCAUAUCAGAAUACGAUAGACACGUUAAGUAUACAUAUAUAAUAGGUGUUCGAUUGCUAUAUAAAUCAGUUUUGAAUUUUUUUUUCUUUUUACAUCAAUUCAUUAACAACAAUGAAGGCUUUUAUUUGUGUAAUAUUGUUAGUUAUCAACCAAGUUAUUAGUUUGCCAACUGAUAAUCAUAAUGAUAAUUUUGUGAUUGCAAGAAAUUUGAAUGAUGAAUUAAAAAAUUAUCUUGAAAAUGACCUACGAGAAAUAAUGAGAAACAAGGAACCAAUUCUUGAUCCUUAUAAAUCAGAUGAGCAAAUUGUUGAAUUUAACAAAGAAAAAUUAUCAUUUAAAGGAAAAUUUAAUGAUUUUAUUAUCGAACAACUAUCAUACUACGUUGUUAAGCGUUCAAAUGUCAAUAUAUUUUUGAAAAAAGUUGAUAUUGAAUUUCAUUUUCCUACUAUAAUUUCUGAUGGACUUUACGACAUUGAAGCUAGUUAUCAAAACAUUCCUCUAAAAGGCAACGGAAACUUUAAUGUAACUGUUAAAGACUUUACACUUUCUGUUGAAGCACAUAUUAAAAUAUUAGGAACUAUUCAAUUAAAAUCUCUCAAACUAAAAAUCGGAGUAGGAAGUAUUGAAUUUGCUUCAACAAAUGAACAAUUUGAUAAUGAAAAAGAAUCAAGAGAAUGGAAUGAAAAAAUUUCAAAAUUGCUAGAAACAAUAAUUGUUGAUGAUUCCAUAACAGCCAAUUUGGCUGAAGAAAUAAAGGUUGGUGUAAACCAAUGGCUUCAAAACGAUCUAUCAAAGAUCUCUCAACAUAAGUAAUACUCUAUACUAGUUGAUAAGUAAUUAAUAUAGUUGUUACUGAAAAAUAUUAUAUUAUAUAUGUAUAUAUAAAAUAAAAAUAAAUGAAUUGGGA